AUGGGCACUCUCCCUGACUUGAGCGUAAUAAUAGCGGCCCAGCUGGGGCUGGCUAGCGGGGAAGGACCCCCAGCAGCGGUUCCUCGUUCUGGCGAGGCUCUCCCUUCCGGCGCCAGAACUGCGGGGAAGGGCAAGAAAAGAAAAAGAGACGAUGGUUCGGGAGCCGGGAGGGGCGCCGAGGGGACGAGCGAGGCCCCUCCUUCUAUUGAGCCCCGGAAGAAGAGCAAGCCCAAAAAGACAAAGAAGAAGUUCGCCGGCGAGCAGUUGGGAGAUGCCGAUGAGCAGGUGGAAAAUGCCAACGAGCAAAUCGAGCAAGAGGAAGAAGAUGCUCGAGGAGAAGAAAUCCAACCCGAAGAAGGGGGUUCUGAGGUCGAAGCCUCGGAGGGACGGAAUAACGAGGAAAGAGUGAGUGAAGGAGGGGAGCGCGAGACUUCUCUUAAUGUCGCUUGCUCGGAUGAUUCCGAAGGGGAUAGCGAGGGGUCGCCACUCCUGAUAAGGAGGGGAAAUAAUGAAGGCGACGAUGAGAGGCAGUCCCCUGUCCUGACGCUUCCUUGCGAGAGAACUCCGAUUCCCGUCGGAGGAGGGGCCGUCCAGAUCGGCACUUCUUCCGGUGGCUCUGCUAUUCUAAGGAGGGCUCCUGGAUUCAACUUUCCCGACAAGGUCGCCUUUCACUACGAGGGACCGGCUCCCUUAGUAUAUGUUCCGGAGAAAUGUGGGGAGUUUCUCCGUCAACUAAGAGGGAGGGCGAAACCUCUUCCUGCUGUGAAGGACCUGAUCUUCGGGGGUGAAUACGAAGAAGCUGCAAGGGUCAAACUGCUGGGUGAUAGCACGAUGAAUGUCGUGAUUGAUAAAUACGACACGGCCCUUAAAGGAGCCUUGGAGGAGCUCGAGCGGGCCAAAAAAGAGUUCGCUGAGAAGGAAGAGGUGUCUGCUCGUCAACUGAACGAGUCGAGGGCUGAUCUGCAGAGGCUCGACGGGGUGAUGACCCGCACCGCUGCUCGACGCGACGAGUUUAAAGCUGCGCUGGAUUCGUCUCGACGAACCGUCCGCGAGCUUGAACAGAAAAACACCGAUCUCGAGAGUGAGAGGGCUUCACUCGCCGCCACGCACGAGCGAGAGAUGAAACGUCUGAGAGACUCCAGAAUCUUGGAGGUGACGAGAGAAAGGGGGAGAGUAGAGGCGGAAAUGGCCGCCAAGGCUAAUCGUUGCUUUGCCAGGAUUCGUUCUCGAGAGGAGCGUCGGGGUCCUUACGACGAGGCUCGGUUACUCUACAGCCAAGCCUUUGGGACUAGGAAGUGCCUCGAGGCCUUGAAGGGAGCCGGGAACGACAUACCGCAAGCCUCCAUUGAUAUGUUCGUCGAGUAUGAGAGGAAGUACGAACAAGAGGCCGAGCAGCUGAAGGUUGGCGAGAUCCCUGAGGGCGACUUUAGACUCUCUCCUCUUACGUUGGAGUCUCAGUUCGUGGAUGCCCGGAUUCUGGCGGGCCUCGAUCCGUUUGGUUCCAACGCCGGCUUAAUUGACUCGGAGACCGCGGCGAAUCUUCAUGUCUCGUUUACUCGCCCGGUUGGAGAAGGGUGCGAGGAAACGACGCUUCGUAUCGAAAAUCCUUUGACUGUUCGAGGAGGCGAAGAAGACACCGGCGAGGUGUUGGAAGAUGCUGCGGUGCAAGUCCUUCCGAUUGCCCGCGGAUCGAGCGUCGGAGCUUCGGAGCUUUCCGCGCUUAAUGACCGCGAGAGUGAUCGGGAAGCUUAG